AUGCUGGUGGCUGCCCUGGACUACGAUAAUUACCUGGGUCAGAUUGCCAUUGGCCGGAUAUUUCGUGGCUCUCUAAGCUUUCGCGACUCUGUAGCCGUGCUGGGACGGGAUGGAGUCGUGCGGCCUGAAAACGUGGAGAACGUCUUUAUCUUCAAGGGACUUGAGAGGUUGCCUGCCCAGACGGUCCAGGCGGGAGAGAUAGUCGCCAUAUCAGGCAUCGCCGAAAUUUCAAUUGGGGAUACUAUAGCCGACCCGUAUGAGGCGGAGGCGCUUCCCUCCAUUGAAAUUGACGAACCAACCGUGAUGAUGACCUUCGGCGUAAACACAUCCCCUCUCAUGGGCAGGGAAGGCUCCCGUUGCACCUCCCGAAUGCUCCGGGAACGAUUGCUUCGCGAAUUGCGCACCAACGUCAGUCUGCGGGUGGAGGAGACUGCCAGCGCUGACGAGUUUUUUGUCUCCGGUCGAGGGGAAUUGCAUUUGGCCAUCCUUGUAGAAAACAUGCGCCGAGAAGACUACGAAUUCCAGCUGACUGUUUUUACCCGCGAGGAAUUCAUCGGUACUCUCUCCGAAAGUCUGGCUGAUCGUCUGGCACAGAUGACCAACAUGGACAAUGACGGCAACGGCAACGUGAAAAUGGAGUACCUCGUGCCCACCAGGGGUCUGAUAGGUUUUCGCUCCUGGUUCCUCCGUGCUACCCGCGGCAAUGGCGUCAUAGACAAUCGUUUUGUGGAGUACCGACCUAUGCGCGGCGAGGUAAAGUCUGCCUUCAGCCAGUCUUUAGUCGCCUCAGAGCCUGGCGUUGCUGUCACCUACGGUCUGCUGAACGCCCAGGGAAGAGGUUCUACUUUCGUUGAACCCGGUACGCCGGUCUAUGAAGGAAUGAUUGUGGGGAUGCAUCCAAAAGAGGAUGACAUCGUCAUCAAUGUGUGUCGGGAGAAGAAACUGACCAACAUGCGCUCCUCCACCGCCGACGUGGCCAAGCGGCUGAGUCCCCCGGUAAAAAUGAGACUUGAAGAGGCCUUGGAGUUUAUCGCCACCGACGAACUGGUAGAGGUUACGCCCCUGAACUUCCGGCUGCGAAAGAAGCAGCUUUCCGCGGGGGUGCGGUUGCGCCAGCGAAGCCGUGAUCGGCAGAGGGAAACGGUCGGGGUUUAA